AGGGACUAUUCUAAGCUGACAGCUUGGAUUAACAUUUGUUUCUGUGGCCCUGGAUGCACAUGCCGAAGUUCUGUGCCUCCGCUCCUCACAGAAUUGGUUUCUCUCCCUGCCUCUCGUUUUCCCGUGUGUAGCUGUACUCCCAAUCCCCAGCAGUCCUGACUCUAAAAUCAUAUACAUGGUAGAGAAAGAGCACCAAAGGUGAGUGAUGGAAGUGAUGCAUCAGAGAUGGCACCUGCGUUUUCACGACAGACAAUCCGGAGGAGCCAUAGUGCUUGUGAGCAGUCAUAGGAAGGAAAGAGGGUCACAGCUGUGCCACAGCACUUGGAUGUGCCGCUUGGGGAUUGAGGCUGAAGACCAGGAUAUUCUGAAUUCAGAGAAAUGGGGAAAAUUGGAGCGGUGUCAGAGCUGCACACAGAUAACUCAGAUUUACAAUGCAGUCUCCUAGCUGAAUUGGUGAGAAGAAACAGAAUGACAAGAAGUGUUACUUGGCAAACAAGACAUCUGUCCUGUUCCUACCAGUCUAACAGCAUCGCAGCUGACUGAAGGCAGAACUUGCCCCUGCUCCGCAGCUGCUUGGAUACCAUUCCCGAGGCACUUCCUAUGGGCGGCAAGUGCUAAAAACAGUCCCUUUACUCAGAAAUAUCCACCAGUGAAGUUUUUAUCAGAAAAGGAUCGGAAAAGAAUUUUGAUAACCGGAGGUGCAGGGUUCGUGGGCUCCCAUCUAACUGACAAACUCAUGAUGGAUGGCCACGAGGUGACGGUGGUGGACAAUUUCUUCACGGGCAGGAAGAGAAAUGUGGAGCACUGGAUUGGACAUGAGAACUUCGAGCUGAUUAACCACGACGUGGUGGAGCCCCUCUACAUCGAGGUUGACCAGAUAUACCAUCUGGCGUCUCCAGCCUCCCCACCAAACUACAUGUAUAAUCCUAUCAAGACAUUAAAGACCAAUACGAUUGGGACAUUAAACAUGUUGGGGCUGGCAAAACGAGUCGGCGCCCGCCUGCUCCUGGCCUCCACGUCCGAGGUGUAUGGAGAUCCUGAAGUCCACCCUCAAAGUGAAGAUUACUGGGGCCACGUGAAUCCAAUCGGACCUCGGGCCUGCUAUGAUGAAGGCAAACGCGUCGCAGAGACCAUGUGCUAUGCCUACAUGAAGCAGGAAGGCGUGGAAGUGCGAGUGGCCAGAAUCUUCAACACCUUUGGGCCACGCAUGCACAUGAAUGAUGGGCGGGUGGUCAGCAACUUCAUCCUGCAGGCACUCCAGGGGGAGCCGCUCACGGUGUACGGAUCCGGAUCUCAGACAAGGGCGUUCCAGUACGUCAGUGAUCUGGUGAACGGCCUCGUGGCUCUCAUGAACAGCAACGUCAGCAGCCCAGUCAACCUGGGGAACCCAGAAGAACACACAAUCCUAGAAUUUGCUCAGUUAAUUAAAAACCUUGUUGGUAGCGGAAGUGAAAUUCAGUUUCUUUCUGAAGCCCAGGAUGACCCACAGAAAAGAAAACCAGACAUCAAAAAAGCGAAGCUGAUGCUGGGGUGGGAGCCAGUGGUCCCACUGGAGGAAGGUUUAAACAAAGCAAUUCACUACUUCCGUAAAGAACUCGAGUACCAGGCAAAUAAUCAGUACAUCCCCAAACCAAAGCCUGCCAGAAUAAAGAAAGGACGGACUCGUCACAACUGAACUCCUCACUUUCAGGACACAAGACUACCGUUGGACACUUGAUGGGAUGUAUUUCUGGCUUUUUUUGUUGUUGUUGUUUAAAGAAAGACUUUAACAGGUGUCAUGAAGAACAAACUGGAAUUUCAUUCUGAAGCUUGCUUUAAUGAAAUGGAUGUGCCUAAAAGCUCCCCUCAAAAAACUGCAGAUUUUGCCUUGCACUUUUUGAAUCUCUCUUUUUAUGUAAAAUAGCGUAGAUGCAUCUCUGCGUAUUUUCAAGUUUUUUAUCUUGCUGUGAGAGCAUAUGUUGUGACUGUCGUUGACAGUUUUAUUUACUGGUUUCUUUGUGAAGCUGAAAAGGAACAUUAAACGGGACGAAAAAUGGUGAUUUUAUUUAUAAAAGUGGGUACUUAAUAAAUGAGUCGUUAUACUAUGCAUAAAGAGAAAUCUCAGCAGUAUUGUCAGGUAGGUGGUGCCCCGGCAUUGAUUUUAGGGCAGAUAAAAGAAUUCUGUUUGAGAGCUUUAUGUUUCUCUUUUAAUUCAGAGUUUUUCCAAGGUCUACUUUUUAGUUGCAAACUUGACUUUGAAAUAUUUCUAUUGGUUAUCAUGAUCAAGGAUAUUUGAAAUCACUACUGUGUUGUGCUGUGUAUUUGGGGCAGGUGGGGAGGUGGGGGGGGGGACAAAGUUAACAUAUUCUUGGUUAACCAUGGUUAAAUAUGCUAUUUUAAUAAAACACUUGAAACUCACCA